AUGCAGGCAGCUGAUGGGGACUUCGGUGCUGCUGCUGCGUGUGUAUCUCCGCAUUCGGAAGCAGCAGCAGUGGCAGCCGAGCCGCUUCCCGCUACAGUGUCUCUGCAGGAACUCGAGCGACUGCUGCAGGAUGUGUGGGGAGCGGAGAGGGAUGCCAAAUGCAGAGUGCUGCUGCUGUUGCAGCAGGGGGAGGAGCGGCUGCGGGACAUGCAACUAUCGCUGCAGCAGCAGCAGCAGCAGUCGGAGCAGGUGUGCCGACGGGUGCCGCAGCUCCACCAGCAACUCCUGGGGAAGGGCAUCUCGAGGAGACCCCUGGCUUUGCGACUUCAGGAACGGGAACAGCAGCAGCAACAACUGCUGCUGCAGCUGCGCUGUAUUCAGGAAGUAGAGGCGUGCCUGCUGCUGCUUCAAGAGGUGCAGCACGACCUGGAAGCCUGUGGUUUACUGGUGCAACGGCAGCAACUUGCCGUUGCUGCUGCAACCCUGCGACAAUGCGCCCUGAAGCGGCUGUUGCCGCUGCUAAGAGCGACAACAGGAAGGCAAGAGCCCGCUAUUGUGGCGGAGCUGCAUCAGCAGUUUGCUGAGGUGUACGGCCACCUCGUGGAGGCCCUUGACUUGCAGCUGCAGCAGCACCUCAAGCUCGCCCCGCAGCAGAUCACCGUCAACUCUCUCAUUUACAGCAGCGCCAGCAAUAGCAGCAACAGCAGGAAAGAAGCUAGCAGCAGCUCCGUGGCCACAGAGGCACCCGGAAUGGCUACACGCAACGACACUGCAGCGUCAGAGGCCUCUGCAGCAGCAGCAGCUGCGGGUGCUGAGGCCUCUGCAGCAGCACCAGCCGCUGGUGCUGCAGAAAUAAAGGAAAGAACAGCAAGAGAAGCAGCAGAAAGAAAAACAGCAGCAGCAGAAUUUCCCUACCUACGUUUAAGAGAUGUGUGGGAGGCGUUGAAUUGUCUUGGGCUACUGCGCCGCCGCCUGUACACUUUAACUGAAGCUAUCAGCAACAACGCCCUGCAUCCGCUGCUCGCUGCUGUUGUUGCUGGCAGUCGCGCCAGAAACAAUAACAGCAAGAAGCUUCUGGUUUUCUCAAGUGCUCCAGAUGGGACACCUGCAGCAGCAGCAGGUGCAGCAGCCGCAGGUGCAGGAGAAGCAGCAGCGGUUGCUUCUUUAACGCCGCAGGGUGUAUUGCUGGUGGUGCAGUCGCUGCUGCAGUUCCUGUUGCAGCACGCAACUGGCGGCCACCCAAUGUGUCUUAGGGUUUGGGCUCCGUUGCUGCAGCGACAGCUGCAGCAGCAACUGGGAAAGCUGUUCCUGCAGCAGGCUGCCAAGCAGCUUUGGCUGGAGCCAAAACCAGAAGCAGCAGCAGCAGCAACGGCAGGAGCAACAGCACACGCUCUACCAUUUCUUGCGGUGGCGUCGGCUGCUGCUGGGAUUGUACAGACGGAGCUGUUCCUCCUGCAGCAGGGCGUACUCCAGCAGCAGGAGCUGCUGCCCCUGCUUCAGCAACAGGGCAGCGGAGCUUCGUGGAAAGCCUUACAUUUGCUGGCUCAGGAGGACAGACGGCGUCAGGUUGAGCUGCAGGCAGCAGCACGGCAGCUGCUGCAGCAAACAUUAGCUACAGCGGCAGCUGCUGCUGCUGAGCAAGACACAAUGUUGGCUACAGAGGACAGCGUCCCUGGUGGCAUUUACGAGUUUCUGCUGCCGCAAGGUCUUCCCAUGCAGCAGCAACCGCAACAGCAGCAGCAGCAGCGUCUGCUGCUGCUUCAGUGCAUUGCUGAGGAGGCAGAUGUGUCUCUCGUGCAGCUCGCGCCGCUGCGGAUUACGCGCCAAACGUGGCUUCUGCUGCAACUUCUGCAGUCGCUGCUUAGGGGAGCAGCAGCUGCUGCUUCCACCUGCACUUGCAGCAGCUGGAGGAGCGGUGGCGGUGGUGGGUGCGGUGUUAACGCUGUGCCGUGUUGGUGCAGCAGCAGGCGCGGGGGGCUCCACGGUUUCUGCAGCAGCAGCUGCUGCUGCUGCAGCCGUAUCGCCCUCCGUGCAGAAGUUGCUGCAGUCGUAUCGAUAGCGGAUUUAUUCUUGCUGCUGAGACCCUUGGGAGCCUUAGCGGAGAGCCAAGCAACAGAGCCUACUGUAGCAGGGGGUUCUGCUGUUGCGACAACCCCGGCUGUGCCGGCCGAUGCUGGUGGCGCUGCUGCACUUGCUGCUGCAGUGCCAACCCACCUCCGGGCCCUGGCGCUGAGGUGGACAGACACUGAAGUUCUCUCACGCUGGAUGACGCGGCUGCCGCUGCUGCUCUCCGCUGCUGCAGGCGCUGCAAGCAAAGGUUCCUACGAGAACUGCUCAUGCAGCAGCAAAAGCAGGUGCUGCCCUUGCCCUGGUGGUGCAGCGCGGCGCGCCUUCACGGUGUGGGGGGAUUCAUUGCCUCUCUUUGACGCCAUUGGUGCUGCUUCUGUUACACCCGAAACUGCGGCAGCAGCGGGGAAGGAGCAGCAGGAGGCACCAUUCGGGCAGCAGCUCGCAGAGAUCGUGGUUGCAUUGAAGCGGCAGCAAGAGGAGUCGUAUGUUUGUCUAGUUUGGGCCCUGAAACAGGGGCUGCAGCAAGCAGCAAAGGAGCUCAUUCAAAUCCUUACGAAUGCAUCAAGAAGCAGCAACAACAGUAAAAGCAGCCUCGAAAUUCAUGUGGAAGCAGCUGCGGGCCUCCUUACGCAGCGCCUCCAUAGUGCAGCCCUCGACUUACUACCCCUAUUACCGCUGCAGGUAUACGCGGAAGUCGUGGGCCUUGCAGCAGACUGUCUCCUAGACUGCGUGCUGCGGGGCAUUGUUGCUGUUGCAGUUGCUGCAGCAGCAGGUGUCAGUACACCGGAAGCAGCAGCAGCUGCAGCUGGCAGCAGCAUAUCUCGAGCCGCAGCGCAGCGCAUGGGUCCCAUUUGCUGCAGGCUGCUGCAGCGCGUAUGCGCUCAGGUCGAAGCAACGCUGGUUCUGCACCUCUCGCAUCAGCAUUUGAGGCCUGAAGCAGCAGCGGCAGCAACUGCUGCUGUUGCUCCUGCUGGGGACGCUCUGGCUUCUCUUCUCAGGAGAAUGGGGGCUUCCACAGCAUUGCAGCGAAGACGCUCCCACUUCCGCAGGUAG